UGCAAGCAAGCCAGUGAGUCAGUCAGUCGAGUCGCGUUAACGGCUAAACAAACGAUAAACUUGUACGAUUGUUUUUGGGUUUUUUUUAAAAAAACUGUAAUUCCUUCCAGUUUGUCGUUGAAGAUGGAUUUAGACUCCAUGAAGUAUGCAGACCUGCGGCAGCUCGCUAAAAGCGUCGGUUUAAAAGCUAACAUGAAGGCUGAUAAGCUGCUGAAGGCGCUGAAGCUGCAUUUUGAACAGAAGGAGAGCUCGGAGAAUGGAAACAACGUCACCUCAGAUGACGUGCAGAUCCCAGAGCAGGCAGCAGCCGAGCCCAAACCUGCAAACGACGCGCUGGUGACCACACGCCGCAGAAAAAACCAGCAGGCCAAGAGAAAGUACUCUGGAAACGGAGGUGGGGCUGACCCGAAUCCCAAACCAGAAGAGUGCUCGGCUCAGGAUGACGCGAAGUCGCCCGGAGAGGAGGUGGACGAGGAGGACGGCGGUAAAAGGAGCUCCAAGAGGAGGAAGGUGUUCUCUGCUAAGGACACGGAGACUCCAGCUCCUGAGGUGAAACCUGGAUCUGCUGACGAUGAUGCCGUCACCGAGGAGAGCGGUAAAGAUGUGGUUAAGAAGACUGCCGGAAAAAUCCCCCGUCACGAGGGUCUGCUGAAGAAGAAAACGGCCCUGAAGCCGACCACGCCGAACUUCAGGAAACUCCACGAGGCCCAUUUCAGCAAGAUGGAGUCCAUCGAUUCCUACGUGCAGAGGAGGAACAAGCAGAUGGAGGUGCUCAGGAACUCCGUGAAGGACCUGAAGGCUCAGUCAGAAAACAGUGUGAAGUCAGCGGACAACAAGACUUGUGCUAAGCCGCCGGUCAGCCGAGCCUCGCUGUUCAGCCCGGGAAUGCCGGAGAAGAAAGCGGAGAAGCGCAGGGUCACCCGGGUUACCGCCAGCAAGCCAGCUAUGAAGGACGGCGCCCCCUUCAGGCCGUCCGUCCUCUCGGCCAACAAAAUCAACGUCAGGUUUUCCCAAACAACGCAGGACAACGAGCACAAGCGCUCUCUGGUGAAGACUCCGGCCCGCAUGUCCUCCCUGUUUCCUCUCACUCCCACUCCGGGCAGGAAGUCUGAAAUGAACUCUACCAAGAACACCGCUCCCGUCAACAAAACUCCAGGAUUGACCCCGUUCCUCUUCAGCGGCGGCCCGAGCACUCCGGGGACCAACAAGAAAACCGCGUUCGAUCUGAAGGCGAGCCUCUCUCGCCCGCUCACGUACAAACCCCACAAGGGAAAGCUGAAGCCUUUCGGAGUGACGCAGGAAAACGCAGGACCGAACACUUCUCAGACGCUUCCUUCUCACCAGAAAAACUACAAACAGCACCAAGUGCAGACGCGAGACGAGCGGCGGGUCAAGCACAUGGAGGACAGGAAGCAGAAGAAGGAGAAGAUGCUCGGUGCCAGACGUGGACUGGUGAUUGCUUAACGUUCCUGCUGUGUUUUUUUUAUUU